AUACGCACAAAAAGCGAAAUAUGGUUUGAAACUUUGAAUUUCCAUUUUACCGAUCGAAACAAACACAAUCCUACACUACACACCUAAUCUCCCUACCUUCCUCUCUCUAUCUCUCUAUCUUUCUCUCUUUCUCUCUCUCUCUCUCUCUCUCUCUCUCUCUCUCUCUCUCUCUUCGUUCUAUGUGAUCCAAACGGCAAAAGCUUCGGCUGGAUGUCCAUGGAAUUGUUCUCUGUUAUUACCAGCUGACGUUGUUUGAGCUAAUUCCAUGGCCCAAUUGCAGUUGCAAGCUCCAGUUUUACUCUGAAACAAAGGAAUCCUGACUUCAGACGGGGGUUUUAGGGUUUUCUUAUUAAGGAAAAUAUCCCAUCCCUUUUUCCAGAAUGCCGCCCCACGGAUCCAAAUCCGACAAGCAAGAUGCGGCCUUGUUGCACCGUCGAGAUCCCUAUGAGGUUCUCGGUGUCUCCAGGAACUCCACGGAUCAGGAAAUCAAAAGCGCUUAUAGAAGAAUGGCUCUCAAGUAUCAUCCUGACAAGAAUGCAAACGAUCCCAAAGCUGCUGACAUGUUUAAGGAGGUCACUUUUUCGUACACCAUUUUGUCAGAUCCAGAAAAAAGACGACAGUAUGAUGCUUCUGGCUUUGAGGCUGUUGAAACAGAAAGCCAAGAAUUGGAGCUAGAUCUUUCAAGUCUGGGGGCAGUGAACACCAUGUUUGCUGCCCUUUUUAGCAAACUUGGUGUGCCGAUUAAAACUACUGUAUCAGCAACAGUUUUGGAAGAGGCUCUUAAUGGGGUUGUGACUGUUCAUCCACUUCCAUUGGGCACUCCUAUUUCUAAAAAGGUUGAGAAACAAUGUGCUCAUUUUUAUUCUGUUAUGAUUAGCGAAGAGGAAACACAGGGUGGACUUGUUUGCCGAGUUCAAUCACCUGAUAAAAGCAAAUUUAAGUUACUGUAUUUUGAUCGCGAAGAAACUGGUGGAUUAAACCUUGCUUUACAGGAGGAAAGUACAAAAAUAGGAAAAGUCACAUCUGCUGGGAUGUAUUUUCUUGGUUUCCCUGUAUAUCGGUUGGACCAAACAGCAAACUCGAUGACUUCCGCUAAGGAUCCAGAUGCUGCCUUUUUUAAAAAGCUAGAUGGAUUCCAGCCAUGUGAAAUAACUGAAUUAAAGGCUGGAACUCAUGUCUUUGCAGUUUAUGGUGACAAUUUUUUUAAAAGUGUGAGCUAUACAAUCGAGGCCUUUUCUGCAGCAUCGUUUGCUGAAGAGAAGGACAAUCUUAGAUCGGUAGAAGCUCAAAUUUUGACAAAAAGGGUGGAAAUAUCAAAAUUUGAAACAGAAUAUCGUGAGGUUCUGGCUCAAUUUACGGAGAUGACCGGUAGAUACACUCAAGAAAUGCAAGUGAUUGAUGAGCUUCUCAAACAGAGGAAUGAAAUUCAUGCCUCCUACACAACUGGUCCUCCAAUAAAACGGAGUAGGAGUCGAAUUAGGGGUUCUUUUAAGGAUGCAAAAGAAGAUGGCCAAAUAAGGGAGAGAAAAUCUACAAGGGAUAGGCCUAAGAAGAAAAAAUGGUUCAAUAUCCAUUUAAAGGUUGAGAAAAGAAAAUCUUGCUAAAAGAGGUGGAGAAACAUGAAAGUAUGUUUCUUUGCUACUGUCAUGUGUAUUAUGGCCUUCAUCGACUCUACUCAUCUUCAAUAUUGCAGGGAAGGUGAAUCUUUUCACCAACGUAAAUUUUUUUUUUGGUUGCAUUCGGAUUGAUUUGAUAUAAUGAAUCAGAGAAGAUACGAGACUCGAGAGCAAGUAAUAGCCUGACCAGAGUGCUAUAUCAUGAGUAUGGCCUUACCACAUGAGCAUGCUAUGGACGACAACUUGUCAACAAAGAUUUUUUAUUGUUGGAUCCUUUCUCCAGCAAAAAGCACGCGUGUAAAUUGUAUAAUUUAUUUACUGAACUCCAUAUCGCUAAACUGCUGUUUGUGUCAUAUAAUUAAGUUCUGUGAAUAGCAAUAUUAGCUGAAUUUCGCACGACCCAAGGCUGAGAUAUAUUCAUGGAGUUCAAUGUGCUCUUGUGAAUGUUAAUGCUUCUCUUUAUUUUGGCCAGGAUUUCAA